AUGAAGUCUGCUACUCUUCUUGCCCUUCCCGCCCUUGCGGCCGCUCUGCCUUCCCUUCCUUCCGUCACCCGUCUUCUGCAGAAGCGUGAUGACACUUGGGGUGGUGCCGUCUCUCUCGGCCCCACCAAGUCGACCAUCGUCAACGCCGUCACCACCAUCAUCCCCGGCACUCCUCCUUCCUCCCAGAAUGGCGAGCUCUUCCUGUGGCCUGGUAUGAGCAACGGCACCGGCGAUCUUGUCCAGACCACUCUUGAGCAGUGGUCUAGCGGAAACUCGUGGUGCGGCGCCGACUCGUCCCAGUGGUGCAUCCGCGCCUCCCUCUUCGGCAGCUUCGGCCAGAAGGACUCGAACUCGUCUGCCGUCAGCGGCGACACCAAGGUCAGGAUCGAAUACAACCUGAUGGACGAUGGCACCACCUGGGAACAGAUCGUCACCAACGCCGAGACUGGUGAGAACCUGUCGUACUUCUCCUAUGACUCGGGCCCAUACAUGACCGGCUACGGCACCGGCACUGAGUGCGACGACAGCUGCACCGGCACCAUCUCCGAGCAGCAGUAUCUCAACACUACCAUCACCCUCGCCGGCGCCGACACCUCCUUCAGUGACACCCUGACCAGCUCCGGCGGUGCCGUCUACACCGAGAUGAAGUCUAGCCAGGGCGGCAAGGUCUGGACCAUUGAGAAGAUCACUCUCCCCGCCAUGGACUAA